AUGUCGAAGCUGUUCGGUGUAACCAAUGGCAGCGUCGUCCUCAAUCUCAACUCACCACGUCGCUUCCGUCGCCGUUUCAAUUCCAAAAUCAAAAUGUCCUCCGAUGCGCUUCCUCCUCUUCCCAAGAAUCGCGUCGUCGUCGGGUACGGAAUGACGACCGUCGAUUUCUUGGCUACGGUAGAUGUAUUUCCGAACCCCGACGAUAAGGUCCGAAGCAGUUCGCUGAAGGUUGAAGGAGGCGGAAAUGCCGGCAAUGCUCUGACCUGUGCCGCUCGGCUCGGCUUGAAGCCGAAGCUGAUCUCCAAGGUUGCGGACGAUGCGCACGGCUUCGCCAUAUUGAAGGAGUUGGAAGCCGAUGGCGUCGAUACCAGCUUCAUUGUCGUAUCCAAGGGAGGUAGCUCAACAUUUUCUUAUGUUCUAGUGGACAACCAAACAAAAUCUCGCACAAGUAUCUACACUCCUGGAGAUCCUCCGAUGAUCCUAGAUGACCUGCCCCAGUCAACAUUAUUAUCUGCAUUUGAUGGAGCAAGAUUAGUUUAUUUCGAUGGAAUGUUUCCUGAAACUGCUCUAUUUGUUGCGCAAGAGGCAGCUCGGAAUAAUAUUCCUAUUUUAGUCGAGGCAGAAUCACCAAGGGAAGGAUUGGAUGAGCUCUUGAAGCUAGCGCAUUUUGUUAUAUGCUCUGCUAAGUUUCCACAGGCUUGGACGCAAGCACUAUCUAUCCCAAGUGCACUGGUUUCCAUGCUUUUAAGAUUUCCAAAUAUCAACUUUGUAAUUGUGACAUUGGGUGAAGAUGGUUGUCUAAUGUUAGAAAGAAGUGCAAAUGAGGAUGCUGACCUAGAAGAAAUUGAUGUAGAGAGUUUCAUAGAAUUCUUAUAUAAAGGGAAAGGUGAUAGCUUGACUAUCCCAACCUGUAUACCAUCGGCAGUGAAGAAAUUCAGAGCAAAUGGAAUUGGAACAAUUUGUGGGAGAUUCUAUAUUGGAACAGCAGAGAAGAUACCAGAUUCUGAGCUGGUUGAUACAACUGGUGCUGGGGAUGCAUUUAUUGGAGCGGUUAUAUAUGCUAUCUGUGCAAACAUGGUACCAGAGAAAAUGUUGCCACUUGCUGCUAAAGUGGCAGCUGCCAAAUGUAGAGCUUUGGGUGCUCGGAGUGGUCUUCCAUAUCGGAUUGAUCCACGGUUGGCAUCUUUUUUAUGCUAG